AUGUUACCUGGUCUAACGGGGAUCGGGUAUGACCACAUCAAAUCUUCAUCCAGAGGAGGUCCAGAGGAUCACGCCGGUUUAGGAGGAGCUGGUGCUGUCUUCACUCCACCUUCAGUUAGAGGUGGAGUGAAGAAGACGAUGGUCCUCAGAGAACGAGUCCUGGGUGUAGACGGUAUGUUUGGGGGUCCACCAGACAGUUUGGGGCCCGAGGUCACGGCGGCGGCGGCAGCUCCUCCUUCGUAUGUUCAAGCCAUCAGGACGGGUCUGGACGCUUCAGCACAGGAACAAGUUCCUCCCCCUGUGGGCGGAGCUUACCAGGACCUCCCCCAGCUGUGUCCCUACGCCGCUGCCGGACACUGCUUCUAUGAGGACAGCUGUACGUACCUCCAUGGAGACCUGUGUGAGGUGUGCGGGCUGCACGUGCUCCACCCCCACGACCCCGAGCAGAGGAGAGCGCACGAGAAGAUGUGUCUGCUGGCCUUCGAGGCCGACAUGGAGAAGGCUUUCGCAGCGCAGCUGAGCCAGGACAAGGUGUGUUCCAUCUGCAUGGAGCUGGUGGUGCAGAAGCUGAAUCCGUCAGACCGCAGGUUCGGCAUCCUGUCCUCCUGCUGUCACACCUUCUGUCUGGCCUGCAUCAGACAGUGGCGCUGCACCAGGAACUUCAGCAACAAGAUCAUCAAGUCGUGUCCAGAAUGUCGAGUUGUCUCAGAGUUCGUCAUCCCUUCGGCCUACUGGGUGGAGGACCAGGACGAGAAGGACCACCUCAUAGAGCUCUUCAAGUCUGGAGUCAGUAAGAAGUCCUGUAAGUACUUUGAUCAGGGUCGAGGUUCGUGUCCGUUCGGAGGGAAGUGUUUGUAUCUUCACGCCUUCCCAGACGGAACCCGAGCAGAACCCGACCGGCCGCGCAAACAACUGAGCUCCGAGGGGAACGUCCGGUUCAUGAACAACGUCCGUCUGUGGGAUUUCAUCGAGGAGCGCGAGCAGCGGCCGGCCCCGCCGUCCCUGGAUGAUGACAUCACAGAGAUGAGGGAGCUCUUCAUGCAGAUGUCGGGGCCGAGCCACGACGGGCCGGAGACCCCGCCCACCGAGGACCAGUAGAGACCGGAACCGAGUCCUCCGUUGAAGUCCGACCGACGGCGGCCGCGUUUUGUGGGAUCGUUUGAAAUAUUAAAUCAUGUGAUCACUCUGCGGCUCUCUGGUGUGUUUCAAUCUGGAAAACUAAAUCCCUCGUGUGCACAAGUUUGGUAAUUGGUUAAUGAUAUAUUGUUACCAUUUUAUUUAUUGUGUAAAUAAGUAAAUACUGAGUCAGUGUGAAGUCAUUCUGUGGUGUUGUUUUAAAUUGAUCUUCCUCCUUCAUUUAGCCAGUAAGGUAGGACAAUGUAUGAUCUUAAUUAUACGGUGCUCCAAAAAGGAGCAUUUAGGUAAACUAGACUUAUCUUCCCCACGUUUGUCCUCAGACAUCUGUGUUGAAUAUAUGUGUCCUGCCUCAGAUGGACGGUAUUUGGAUUAAAUGGGGUUUUUGUGAUUUUUUUUUUUUUUUUAAUUAUGAUAAAGAAUAAUGAAUUUCCUCGAGAUUAAGAUUUUUAAACAGAACUUCAGGUGAUUUCAGAUUGUAAUCGGUUCAGACGUCUUUUUAAAAACGAGACAAAAAAAACACGAGGUAAUUAUGAAAAAUGAGUACAUGAAAACAAAAAAUAAAAUGUAAAUGAAUAAAAUAAUUUCUUUUAUCAAAGUCAUUUGAAUCUUUCUUUUAUAAAUACAGAACCAGAGGGUGUUUGGCUGUAAGAUGAUUGUGUGUAAAGUGGUUGAAAACAACAGAUUUGUGUGUUUUCAUGCUAAACCCACAAAAAUACUCUCGUAUAUGUAUCUGUCUCCUUAUCUCCUUCCUUCUCUAAUAUCUGCUCAGAUUUUCUGUUUCUGGAUAAAAAUGUGUUUAUAAAAAGUAACCUAGCGGGACUUAAAUGCUAAACUUCUACAUAUUUAUAUAACUGAUUCCCGUACUAUUAGUCUGAGUAUGUUUGAAUACUUUUAGUACUUUAAAGGACUUUAACAUCCUCGUCUG